CCGAUGCGGCCGAUCGGAGGAGCCAGCCGGGAUUUGACAGAUUCCCCCCCCCUCCCCACCCCCCCACGGGAGAGUGGGAUGCGAGAGGAAAGCCCCUAGAGGGGACAACCUUCGGCUUCUUUCACCUGCGUUCACCGUGGACUGCCAAGAGCCAUGGCCUCUGAGGUGGUGUGCGGGCUGGUCUUCAGGCUCCUGCUGCCGAUGUGUCUAGCAGCUGCUUGCCUGUUCAGGUACAAUAUCCUGUCCUUCGUCUACCUCAUCUACCUCCUGCUUAUUCCGCUCUUCGCAGAGCCCACAAGCACAACAAUGCAGGGCCACACAGGGCGUCUGCUGCAAUCGCUCUGCUUCACCAGUAUGUCCUUCCUGCUGCUCCACAUCAUCUAUCAGAUUACCGUCAACAGCCUGUUGGCCGGCAACUCCAUCUCCUCCAACUUCAGCUGUUCGGCGUGGGAGAGUUCCAUACGACAGAUCGGCUUUGAGAGCGUCAUUGGUGCUGAUGCAGGGAACGGCAUCCGAGUCUUCAUCCCUGACAUCGGCAUGUUCAUGGCGGGCUUGGCCAUCUGGCUGCUGUGUCGCAGUCUGGUUCAGAAGAGGCCGCCGGAGGACAUGGCCCAGUACAACGCCGACUUCGAUGCCGAGGAGCAGGAGGAAGACGAGAAGCUGAGCCUGGAUGACAACAUCCUGCUGGAGGAGGAACUGGAGGCAGGCUAUGAGGCUGAGGAGGAUGAGGACAACGAGGACCUGUAUGAGGAGGAGGACGAGGAAGGGGAAGAGGAGGAGGAAGAGGAGGAAGCGAAAGAGAGCACGAAGAUGAAGAUUCUGCGGCUUGUGGCUGAAGUAGCUUCCAAAGGGAAGGACAUCAUUGGGAACCUGAUCACCACUGCGGGGAAGGUUGUGGUCACCAUCUUGUUGGGAAUGACAGGGAUCAUGUUCCCCUCGUUGACCUCCUUCGUCUACUUCUCCACUUUUCUGUUCCUGUGCACCUGGUGGUCUUUCUGCCGGACCUUCAACACGCUCAUUUUCAGCUGCAUGUGCGUGGUCAUGGCCAUCUUCAGCGCCGGACACCUGGUCCUGCUCUACCUGUACCAGUUUCAGUUCUUCCAGGAGGCGAUCACGCCGACUGACACCUACGUCAGUGUAUUUGGGAUCUCCCCCAUUGUCCAGAGCAACUGCUCCUACACAUGGAAGCUCAUUGUGCACCCGGAUCGUAAGUGGUACCACUUUGUGAGUCCCAUCAUGCUGCUGGUGCUCUAUUACACCCUGGCCACGCUCAUCCGCCUCUGGCUGCAGGAGCCCAUCGACCAGCUGCUGGACGACAGGGACGAUGAUAUGUGUGAGGACGAGGAGCAGUGCGGAAACGGGGUGAAUAGCUCAGCCAACAGGAAGAGGCAGCGGUGGUGGGAGUCACGCCAGGGCACGGACGAGAAAAAUCUGCUCUCCACCCAGGACGGCAUCAGUACAACUGAGGUUUUUCCAACCUCAAACGGGACAUCGUUUGACUUCGUCACGAACAAGAAUGGCCCAGUCUGUCCGGACCUGUACUCCACACCCCAGUACAAAAUGGACCAGCGCAGUGACGAUCCAGAGAAGAAAGAAGAGUGUGUGUAUGAAGUCAGUUUGCCACCUGAGGAUUCGGCCUUGAAGGAGUCUGAGGAUGAGGAGAACGACAUUAAGAAACGCGGAGUCGGCGCAAUGGUCAAAGUCUUCCACUUCAUCAUGAAGCAGAGCUACAUCUGCGCCCUCAUAGCCAUGAUGGCGUGGAGCAUCACGUACGUCAGCUGGCUGACGUUCGUCUUCCUCAUCUGGUCCUGCGUUCUGUGGAUGGUGAGGGACCGGAGGCGGUAUGCCAUGGUGUCCUCGCCCUUCAUGGUCGCCUACGGCAACCUGCUGAUAGUGCUGCAGUACAUCUGGACCUUCGAGAACAUGACGCCCAUCUCUGGGUUUUUCGUUCACAAGAAAAACCCCUUCCACUCGCUUUCAUCUAAGAUGGUGUGCAUGCUCAGCUUCUGGCUGCUGCUCAGACAAACCCUCACAGAGAGACAAGAAAAGCAAAAAGAAGACAGUGCUGGUCUUUCUGAUGUUUGCGUAGAAGAUCAGAAGAAGGAGGAAAGGGAGUCUGAGGAGGGAGGAGAGCAGGACAUCGUCCAGGUUCUCGGCAGCAUGGUGAUGGCUCUGUUGGUCAAAUACUGGAUCUACAUCUGCGGCGGCAUGUUCUUCUUCGUCAGCUUUGAAGGAACCAUCGUCAUGUACAAGAUCAUCUACAUGAUGAUGUUCCUGUCCUGUGUGGCACUCUACCAGGUGCACUACGAGUGGUGGAGGAGGAUCCUGAAGUACUUCUGGAUGUCAGUGGUAAUGUACACCAUGCUAGUCCUGACUGUGGUCUACACCUUCCAGUUUGAGGGAUCUGAGAAGUUCUGGUCGGGUAUGCUGCACGUAAAGAACGAGAGCCUGAAUGACCUGGGCUUGGAGAGGUUUUCUUUGAGCAUGCUGUUCACCAGGGUUUUCAUCCCCACCUCCUUCCUGCUGGCGUGCAUUCUCCACCUGCACUACUUCCACGACCGCUUUCUCCAGCUCACAGACCUCCAGGCUGUGGUGGCCAAAGAGCAAAGCACAAUUUACAGACUGGUGGUGCCGGACGGCAGCCUGGCCGACCUCACCAUGCUCAGCGCCAGCUCAGUGGACGCCGCGCUGCCCAAAGAGGAGCAGGAGCUGCUGCACACCCCGGAGGACCGGGGGGGGUGGGACUCUGGGAAGGAGAGGGAGAAGGCCCUGAUGGUGGCGAUGGACGACAUCGAUGUGACCGGCGAGAAGCCCAAGAGCUUCUCCGACCAGCGGCAGUCCAGCACAGAGAGCCACCUGUGCAGCGCCGGGACCGAGCCGGAGCCCAGCACGGAGCAGAGCUCAGAUUUAAAAAAUAAAUGGCACCUGGUGGUGGACCGCCUCACCGUGCUCUUCCUCAAGUUUCUGGAGUAUUUUCACAAACUGCAGCUGUUCAUUUGGUGGCUUCUGGAGAUCCACAUCAUCAAGAUUGUGUCCUGCUACAUCAUUCUGGUCUCCGUCCAGGAGGUGUCUUUGCUCAACUAUGUGUUCCUGGUGUCCUGGGCCUUUGCGCUGCCCUUCGGCCAGUAUCGGCCCCUGGCUUCCAGUGUUUGCACCGUAUGGACGUGUGUCAUCAUUGUGUGUAAAAUGUUGUACCAGCUGAAGACGAUCCAGCCCCCAGAUUACAACUGCUCCAUUCCAAUCAGCUUCAAGGGAGAGAAAAGGGCUGAGAUUGAGGGCUCUCUGUUGUAUAAGGCUGGUGAUCCAGGCAACUGGGUCGGCCUGAAGAAGGACAACGACCUGCUGGGCUACCUGAGGAAUAACCUCCUGAUGCUGGCUCUGUUGGCGUUUGAGGUGACCAUCUACCGCCAUCAGGAAUACUUCAGAGUGAGGAACAAACUGUCCCCGCCUGCUGCCAGAAUUAUCUUCCACGACAUCACGCGCCAGCACCUGGACAUCGGCAUCAUCUGCUUCAUCAAAUACUUUGUCAACUACUUCUUCUACAAGUUUGGCCUUGAGACAUGCCUGCUGUUGGUGGUCAAUGUCAUUGGCCAGCGAAUGGACUUCUAUGCCAUGCUGCACGCCUUCGCCCUGAUAGCGGUCAUGUUUAGACGCAGGAGGAAAGCCAUUGCCGAGAUUUGGUCCAAGUACUGCUUCUUCCUGUCCUGCAUGCUCACCUUUCAGUACUUUGUCUGCAUCGGGAUCCCGCCGGCAGCCUGCAAAGACUAUCCCUGGAGGUUUCCAGGCUCGAACUCCAAUGUGAUCAAGUGGCUCUAUGUCCCAGAUUUCUACAUGAGGCCUGAUCCAUUUUUCCUCAUUUACGACUUCAUGUUGCUGCUGUGCGCCUCACUCCAGAGGCAGGUUUUUGAAGACGAGAACAAGGCAGCGGUCCGCCUCAUGGCCGGAGACAACGUGGAGAUCUGCAGGGACCUGGACGCGGCCUCCUUCAGUGUUCACAAUCCUGUGCCCGACUUCAUCCACUGCAGGUCCUACCUCGACAUGCUCAAAGUCAUCAUGUUCAGCUACUUGUUCUGGUUCGUCCUCACCAUCAUCUUCAUCACGGGGACCACGCGUAUCAGCAUCUUCUGCAUGGGCUACCUGGUGGCGUGCUUCUACUUCCUGCUUUUCGGAGGCGAGCUUUUGCUGAAGCCAAUCAAAAAGAUCCUCCACUACUGGGACUUCCUGAUCGCCUACAACAUCUUUGUGAUCACUAUGAAGAACGUCUUGUCAAUUUUAGCUUGCGGCUACAUCGGCUCACUGAUGGAGAAGCAGUGCUGGUUGAUCCAGGUGUUCAGUCUGGCAUGCACCAUCAAGGGCUACAAACAAAACACUGAUGAGAUUAAUCAGGGCCUGCCUGUGUUCUGCGACCUGCCCAAGGACGAGGCCGGCAUCAUCUGGGACAGCAUCUGCUUCGCCUUCCUGCUGCUGCAGAGACGGGUCUUCAUGAGCUACUACUUCCUGCACGUGGUGGCAGACAUCAGAGCGUCACAGAUCCUCGCCUCCAGAGGAGCAGAGCUUUUCCAGGCCACCAUCGUGAAGGCGGUGAAAGCCCGGCUGGAGGAGGAGAGCAAAUCUGUGGAGCAGCUGAAGAGACAGAUGGAUCGCAUUAAGGUGAGGCAGCAAAAGUUUAAGAGGGGCAAGGAGAAAAUGCUGAGCCUGGCGCAGGAGUCUGUGGAGGGACAGACAGUCGCCCAGCCGGAGGAAGAGGAGGACGAUGACGGAGCACGGCGAACGAAAGCCAAGACCAAAAAAAAGCAGUGGUGGAGGCCUUGGGUUGACCAUGCUUCCAUGGUUAGAAGUGGAGACUACUACUUGUUUGAAACAGACAGUGAGGAGGAAGAGGAAGAGGAGGAGAGAAAAGAUGACGAUCCACAAAAGAAGUCGGCAUUUCAGCGAGCAGUCGGGAAGUUUGUCUCGGCUGUUCUGGCUCUGCCCAGGUCUAUCAUUAAGCUGCCUAAAACCGUACUGCAGUAUGUAGUCAAGGCAGGCAAGUUUCUUUACCAGGCCUGGAUCACAGACCCCAAAGCUGCCAUGAAGGCCCGAAGCAAAGACAGACGCAAGUUUUGGAAGAAAUAUACCAAAAGAGUAAGACACAGAAAGAGCAAGAAAGAUGCAGGUCACGUCACCAUAGAGGUGGGAGAGCUGGCUGACGGACAGGAAAAAACAGAGGGGAACAAGAAAUCUGGUGGUCCAGACAACAUCAUCAAGCGAGUGUUCAACAUCAUCAAGUUCACUUGGGUCCUCUUCCAGACGACGGUGGAGAGCUUCACCAACUGGAUGAAUGACAUGUGCAGGGAGUACAUCGACAUCUCCACUGUGCUGCGAAUCGAGCGCUGCAUGCUGACUCGGGAGGUCAAAAAGGGCAACGUGCCGUCCAGAGAGAGCAUCCACGUCUACUACCAGAAGGCCAUGAGGCUCAACAUGUCCAGGCAGGCCAGUUUGGACCAGCUCAGUGAGGACGAGCUGGCCUCGGGAUCCACAAAACCACGGCGGAGACGGGCGGGCGACCGGAUGGAGAGCCAGGACUCCACCGCCUCCAGAGACAGCAUCUCCAGUGCCUGCACUGAGGCCACCAUGCUGUUGUCUCGCCAAUCCACCCUGGAAGACCUGGAUCCGAUGCCUGAGAACGUUCCCAAAACCAGCGAGCGCGCCCGACCCAAACUGAAAAAGAUGUACAGCAUGGACUUCUCCAACUCGUCCGGGGAGAGCGGCAGCAGCUUCAUGUCCAGCGAGCCGACUCAGUGCGUCAUCCUGUACUCCAGGCAGGGCACCACGGACACCAUAGAGGAAGUGGAGGACGAGCAGGACCAAGGGGAGGACAAAGACCAGGUUCCCUGGGAGUCCGGACAGUUUGAGGCGAGCGUGGACGCCGAGGGGGAGCCGUGGAGUGAAGGAGAACCCGGGCAGGGGGAAGAGGAGGAGCAGGAGAACGAGGGCUCGGGACAUGAGGGGGGCGAGGAGGGUGAGGAGGAAGAGGAAGGAGAGGAGGGAGAGGAGCAGGAAAGAGAGGGGGCUCUGUGGGAGUCCCUCAGCCCAGACGAGGGCCCCUCCUCCAGAGCAGAGGAGGCCGAUUCUGGCACCUCCGCCAAGGAGAACGACUCGGUCAGCGAGGGGGAGAGCGAGGGAGGACGGCGGGGCUUCGCGCCGACCGAGGGUCAGGCGGCCGCGCUCCACACCCCCGAUACCGAUGCCUCCAAAACCUCCGACGCCGAGGUGCCCCCCAGCUACAGCAAGGCGGUCAGCUUCGACCGCCUGGAGCUCAGCGACGACGAAAGCGACACCUACCGGAGGAGGCGCAUGGUCAUGACGUCCGACAGCCGCUCGGACAGCAGGUCGGACAUCAUGCUGCCCUCCAUGACCACCGAGCUGACCGCCAGCGAGCUGCUGCUCAACAAGAUGUUCUACGACGAGGAGCUGGAGCGGUCAGACCACUUCUACCAGGCGCAGCCUCUGAUCCUGCAGCUGGGCUACGCCCUCUACAACAUGCUGGUGGCUCACUCGGAGUUCGUCUGCUACCUGGUCAUCAUCAUCAACCACAUGGUGUCGGCCUCCUGCGUGACCCUGGUCCUCCCCAUCACCAUCUUCCUCUGGGCCAUGCUGUCUGUGCCCCGGCCCAGCAAGCGCUACUGGAUGACGGCCAUCAUCUACACGGAGGUCACCAUUGUCAUCAAGUACUUCUUCCAGUUUGGAUUCUUCCCCUUCAACCAGAACAAGAUAGACAGAAAUAAACCAUAUUACCCUCCAAACAUCAUCGGCGUUGAGAAGAAAGAUGGUUACGUCCACUACGACCUGGUCCAGCUCCUGGCCCUUUUCUUUCACAGAUCCAUCCUGAAGUGCCACGGGUUGUGGGACGAGGACGACCCCAGAGAACGGAAAGAGGCCGCCCGCCAGAGUGAAUCUGAGGAUGAGGGGAAAGACCGGGAGGAGAGCGAGAAGGAGUCUGAGCCCGCUUCAUCGCUCAUCAACGAGCGGAGAGGGUCCACUCACACUUUGAGGUCCAUAAACUUUGGGACCUCCAUAGACUCAGGACAUGUCCAGGUACAAUACCCGCAGCCCCAGACCUACCAGCGACGCCCCAGCUCCAGCGGGGGCUCUCAUGUUUCCCACCGAUCUCGUCUGUCCUCCGCGAGAUCCAAAAGAGGAAGUGCCACUUCCCACAACAGCAGCCUCAAGGACGGCAGCCAGGCCAGCGUCCAGCAGAAGACGCGCAAACAGAUGAUCAUCGAGAAACUGAGGGAGCAGCUCUUUAAAGCCAAAGCCUUCCUAAUAAAGCGAUUUAUGGAGAUCUACCUUCCCAUGAGGCAGUUCUUCUAUAACCUGAUCCAUCCAGAGUACAGCGCGGUCACAGACGUCUAUGUGCUGAUGUUCCUGGCCGACACUGUUGACUUCAUCAUCAUUGUGUUUGGAUUCUGGGCAUUCGGGAAACACUCAACGGCAGACAUCACCUCGUCUCUGUCGGAGGAUCAGGUGCCGGGUCCCUUCCUGGUCAUGGUCCUGAUCCAGUUUGGCACCAUGGUGGUGGACCGGGCUCUCUACCUCAGAAAAACCGUUAUGGGCAAGGUCAUCUUCCAGGUCAUCCUGGUAUUCGGGAUCCACUUUUGGAUGUUCUUUAUUCUGCCCAGCAUCACAGAGAAGCGUUUCAGCGAGAACACGGUCGCUCAGAUGUGGUAUUUUGUCAAGUGCAUCUACUUCGGGCUGUCAGCUUAUCAGAUCCGCUGCGGUUAUCCCACCCGUGUUCUUGGAAACUUCCUCACCAAGAGCUACAAUUAUGUCAACCUUUUUCUGUUUCAGGGCUUCCGUCUGGUUCCCUUCCUGACCGAGCUGCGAGCAGUGAUGGACUGGGUUUGGACCGACACCUCGCUGUCUCUGUCCAGCUGGAUCUGCGUGGAAGACAUCUACGCCCACAUCUUCAUCCUCAAGUGCUGGAGAGAGUCUGAGAAGAGAUACCCGCAGCCGCGAGGCCAGAAGAAGAAGAAGGUGGUGAAGUACGGCAUGGGCGGAAUGAUAGUGGUGCUGCUGAUCUGCAUCGUCUGGUUCCCGCUGCUCUUCAUGUCCCUCGUCAAAUCGGUGGCUGGAGUCGUCAACGCUCCGCUGGACGUGUCCGUCAAAAUAACACUGGCCGGCUUUCAGCCAAUCUUCACCAUGAGUGCUCAACAGAAACAGCUGCAAGAGGUCACAGAGGAGGACUUUACCAAGUUUAAGAAAACAUUCGUCACGCUUGAUGAAUCCAGUACAAACGAGGCCAUGCAGUGGCUUGAAAACUACUUCCGGGAGGACUUGAUCAUCGCUGAGCUGAAGGGAAGCUCCAACUCUUUGUGGACCAUCAGCCCGCCCAGCAGAGCCAACCUGAUAGAAAUGUUGGGUUCCCCGGAUGAAUUCCUCAUCACCGUGUCCUGGUCGGUGCAGAGAAAUCUCAGUCUUGGAGCCAAGGCUGAAACUGCUUCUGGAAAAAACGUGAAACCUCUAACCCCAGAAACAAAGCAGGACCUCAUAAUGCUUCUGAACGGUUCAGUGAACCACUCAAAAGUGAUCAUAACAGAAAUCAUCCCUCGCUACAUCCGAGCGCCCAGCGAUUCAGACGCCACACCUGUUGAACAGCUGGGUGACAAGAUGGUUGACAUCAGCCUGACCUUGAUGCGAGCCCAGAAUUUAUCAGAUCAGGUGCAAGAAUGGUGGAUCGUCAACCAGACAGAAUCCGGUCCGAUAGACAAGAGGAAUCAAAAGAACGAGGCGGGCCUGCAGAUCUACAUAUUCAGCGACCAGGUCAGCCCUCCCAGUUUGGGCUUUCUGGCUGGUUAUGGUAUCAUGGGCCUGUACGCCUCCGUGGUUCUCGUGAUCGGCAAGUUCGUGCGCGAGUUCUUCAGCGGCAUCUCCCACACCAUCAUGUUCGAGGAGCUGCCCAACGUGGACCGCAUCCUCAAGCUGUGCACGGACAUCUUCCUGGUCCGGGAGACGGGGGAGCUGGACCUGGAGGAGGACAUGUACUCCAAACUCAUCUUCCUCUACCGCUCCCCGGAGACCAUGAUCAAGUGGACCCGGGAGAAGACUCAAAGGACGUUAUUGCCAAUCGUCCAGAUCUCCAUCACCACCGGGUUGGCUGGAGUCGAGGCCAGCGGACUGGUGAACGAUGGUGACGUGCACCGGGCGGCAGACUCGUGCGCUUCCCCGUCCUUUUUGGGCCUCCGUUUUUAA